CACAAGAGCAAGUUUGGUGUAUAAAUAUGCAGAUUGCAGAGCUGGCGUUAUCCUUUGCUCCUCCUAUCCUGUUUGUUUGUCCCUGUCUCUAUUAUUUUGAGCGUAUGCUCGGAUUCAUAGUAUCGCCAGCUCACACUCAUCACCACCAUCAGUCCAUAACCACUGCUGUGCUUUGAAAGGACUGGGCUUUCCUCACCAGAAGGAUCGAACACAAUGAUUCAAAGAACUCUGUGCUUUCCAGGUUUAAGGAAACUACUUCUUCGAGCUGGUUGUCCCUCUUCUUCGUCUAAGAUCGGAGCUUACAAUGGCUAUGCAUCUCAGCCCUCCCCUCUUCAAAUCGCCGACCCAACUUACAGUAGCAAUGAGUAUGCUGACGUGGACUGGGACAGUCUUGGGUUUGGACUUAUGCCAACUGAUUACAUGUACAUUACUAAAUGUACGGCGGGCCAUAGUUUUGGACAAGGACAACUUAAUCGGUAUGGGAACAUUGAACUUAGCCCAUCAGCUGGAGUCCUAAAUUAUGGGCAGGGAUUAUUCGAAGGAACCAAAGCAUACAGAAAAGAAAACGGGAACCUGCUCCUCUUCCGUCCAGAAGAAAAUGCCAUUCGCAUGAAGAUUGGUGCCGAAAGAAUGUGCAUGACAUCCCCUUCCAUUGAUCAAUUUGUUGAUGCUUUGAAGCAAACUGCCUUGGCAAAUAAGCGUUGGGUUCCUCCACCGGGUAAAGGGUCGUUGUACCUUAGGCCUCUGCUCUUAGGAAGUGGUCCAAUUUUGGGUUUGGCUCCAGCACCUGAAUACACAUUCCUCAUAUAUGCUUCCCCUGUUCGCAACUAUUUCAAAGAAGGUUCGGCGCCGCUCAACUUGUACGUGGAGGAGGAUUUUGACCGUGCUUCUCGACGUGGUACUGGAAGCGUUAAAACCAUCUCCAAUUAUGCCCCGGUCUUGAUGGCACAAAUUAGAGCCAAGGAAAGAGGAUAUUCGGAUGUGUUAUACCUUGAUUCAGUCUCCAAGAAAAAUCUGGAGGAGGUCUCUUCUUGUAACAUUUUUAUUGCCAAGGGCAAAUACAUCUUAACACCUGCUACCAAUGGAACCAUUCUUGCUGGAAUUACCAGAAAAAGUAUCAUUGAAAUUGCUUGUGAUCUCGGCUAUCAGGUAGAAGAGCGUGCUGUAGCCGUGGAUGAAUUGAUUGAGGCUGAUGAAGUUUUCUGCACAGGAACUGCCGUUGGUGUUGCUCCUGUAGGGAGUAUCACAUACCAGAAUAGAAGGAUGAAAUAUAAAACAGGUUCUGGAACCAUUUGUCAGGAGCUAUACAAUAUCCUUUUUGGAAUUCAAACGGGUAUUAUUGAAGAUAAGAAGGGAUGGAUCGUUGAAGUUGACAAAUGUUCUUGAUGCUAUCAUAAACGAAAAUGUGGCCAAAAAUACUGUUGUUCACAGGUUAAUGUUGUUCAUUAUCAUGAAUCACAUGUAUUAUAUACAAUGUUAUGCACAAAGUAUAUAAGUUAGAGAACAUCGAAAUUGUGUAUAAAAAAAACUUCAAAAGUGUACUCCAAGAAAAAAAUUCGUGGCUGCAAGUUUGGAUUCUAUUUUAUCGA